AUCCGCGGCAGCCAAAUGGCGCUCACCUCCCAGAGCCUCUUCUUCACCCCGUCGCCCGCCGGGCCUUCCCGGCGAGGCCGGGGCCGCCCCGUCACCAUGUCCGCCGCCGCAUCGCACAACUCGCAACCCCGAAACAACCCCUUCGCCGUCUCAUCCUCCGCCCCCAAAUCCGAAUCCAAGACCUCCAAAACCGACCUCGCCCUUGGCUCCGCCAUCGCUGCAGCCGCCUCCGGCGCUCUCCUCCUCGCCUUCUCUGGCGGCUUUGGGGGCGGCCCCAAGGGCCCCCUCGGCGGGGGAGGCGGAUGGGGCGGCGGCGGCGGCGGUGCCGGUGGCGGGGGCGGCGGGGGCUUCUGGUCGCGGAUCUUCUCCGCCGGCGCGGCGAAUGCCGACGAAAAGUCGUCGUCUGACUGGGACCCGCAUGGCCUCCCGGCCAACAUCACCGUGCCGCUCUCGAAGCUGAGCGGGCUGAAGAGAUACAAGUUGUCGGAGCUCAAGUUCUUCGACCGUGCCGCGCCUGGCGGAGGCGGCGCCACGGAUGCCGGGCCAGAGGACUCCUUCUUUGAGAUGGUUACCCUGCAGCCAGGCGGCGUGUACACCAAGUCACAGCUUCUGAAAGAGCUCGAGACGCUAGUCUCCUGCGGCAUGUUCGAGCGGGUUGACCUAGAAGGGAAGGCCAAACCUGACGGCACCCUUGGCCUCACCGUCUCCUUCACAGAGAGCGUGUGGAGUGCAGCCAAGCAGUUCAAGUGCAUCAAUGUUGGGCUUAUGGCGCAGUCGGGCCAGGCUGACUUCGAUCAGGACAUGACCGAGAGGGAGAAGAUGGACUACCUUCGGAAGCAGGAACGGGAUUACCAGCAGCGUGUCCGCGGCGCCAUGCCGUGCAUUUUGCCAGAGUCUGUCCGAGGGGAGGUUUUGGCAAUGAUGAAAAAACAGGAGAAGGUGAGUGCCAGGAUGCUGCAGAAGAUCAGGGACCAUGUUCAGAAAUGGUACCACAAUGAGGGCUUUGUAUGUGCACAAGUGGUGAAUUUUGGAAAUCUUAACACCAGUGAGGUUGUGUGUGAGGUCGUCGAGGGGGACAUAACCAAAGUGGAGUACCAGUUCCAGGAUAAGCUAGGGAAUUUUGUGGAAGGGAAUACCCAAAUUCCUAUCAUCGACCGGGAGCUGCCCCAGCAGCUUCGACCUGGUCAUAUCUUUAAUAUUGGAGCAGGAAAACAAGCUCUGAAGAAUAUAAAUUCGCUCGCUUUAUUCUCCAAUAUAGAAGUGAAUCCACGUCCUGAUGAGACAAAAGAAGGUGGUAUUGUAGUUGAAAUUAAGCUUAAGGAAUUAGAACCAAAGUCUGCUGAAGUAAGCACAGAGUGGAGUAUCGUACCUGGACGUCAAGGCAGGCCCACCCUGGCAUCCAUUCAACCUGGAGGAACUGUGUCAUUUGAGCACCGCAACAUCUAUGGUCUUAACAGAUCCAUUGUUGGUUCUGUUACAUCGAGUAACCUGCUCAACCCUCAGGACGAUCUUUCAUUCAAGCUCGAAUAUGUCCAUCCGUAUUUGGAUGGUGUGGAUGACCGUAAUAAGAACCGCACCUUCAAAACUAGCUGCUUCAACACCAGGAAAUUGAGUCCUGUCUUUGUUGCUGGCCCCAAUAUGGAUGAAGCUCCACCUGUCUGGGUUGACCGAGUUGGAUUCAAAGCCAACAUAACAGAGAGCUUCACAAGGCAGAGCAAAUUCACAUAUGGCCUCGUCGUGGAAGAAAUCACAACACGUGAUGAAACCAACAGUAUCUGUACACAUGGUUCUCGGGCAAUGCCUAGUGGCGGCUUGAGCAUGGAUGGACCUCCCACAACCCUCAGUGGUACUGGUGUAGAUCGAAUGGCAUUUCUACAAGCAAAUAUUACUCGAGACAAUACAGAGUUUGUAAAUGGUGCAGUCAUUGGCGACAGAUGUAUUUUCCAGUUGGAUCAAGGUCUUGGGAUCGGAAGCAAAAGCCCACUCUUCAACCGUCAUCAGCUUACAUUGACAAAGUUCAUUAAUUUAAAUAAUCAAGAGAAAGGUGUUGGCAAGCCGCUGCCAGCUGUGUUGGUUCUUCAUGGUCAUUAUGCAGGUUGUGUAGGAGAUCUGCCAAGCUAUGAUGCAUUUACACUUGGAGGACCUUACUCAGUUAGGGGCUAUGGUAUGGGUGAACUGGGUGCAUCUAGGAAUGUUCUGGAGGUUGCUGGUGAGGUGCGCAUACCCGUGAAGAACACAUAUGUUUAUGGAUUUGCGGAGCAUGGCACUGACCUUGGGAGUUCCAAGGAUGUGAAAGGGAACCCCACUGAGUUCUUCCGACGCGUUGGCCAUGGAUCUUCUUAUGGUGUUGGCGUCAAGCUUGGCUUGGUAAGAGGAGAGUACAUCGUAGAUCACAAUACUGGGGCUGGAACCGUCUUCUUCAGAUUUGGUGAGAGAUUCUGAGUGCAUUUCGUUCAGCACAUAUCUUCAAGAUGGGGUUGUUUAAUGCACAUUUGAGGCGUUGAGUCUCGAAGUGGCUAUGCAUGUGGUGUGGACGGGCAGGUGACUUGUGUUCUGCUGAAUAAUGAAGUUUUGUUCUUUUUCUGAGGAAGAGAGAUAAGUUAGUGUCAGGGUGAGUUCUUUGCUUGUAGUAGGAAGUAAGGUCUGUUCUUGCAGAGCUUGAAGCUGGUUGAAUAGAUGAAAGCUGAGCUCCUAGUGUUAGCAAGGAAUGUUUUGGCAAGGCUUUGUGUCAUAGUCAAUUUGUUUCCAUGUAACACUUUGUUGUUCAGUCGGUUAGCUUAAUUGACAAUGCAGUGUUGCGCCUUUCACGUAUUUAUUAUACGAUGUAGCUAACUUAUGGUGGGUGGUAACUCACCUGUUCAUCUUAAUUGUUUCAAAUAUGUGAUCGACCAA